GGGACUGUUCGGACAAGUCGAUCCGCUUUAUUCGCCGUUCCGAGUCCGAUGUGCCGACAAGCCAACCAAGUUCAACUUGGACAGACUUUCACAUCUAGACCAGUACAAAGGGACAUCCAUAGAUAAGUGGUUUCUUUUCAGUUGAAUUGCAGCUCAUGGGGUCAAGAAAAUGUGUAAAGACGAAGAUUCUGGAGGAUUCAGAGAAACUUCACCGAGUACGACAGACUGUGAUCAAGGGAAACAUCGAGUGUACAUGUUUUCCUGUAGGGCGAAGGGAAUGUCCAAGGAGAGUCAGUCGAGACACCGAUCAUAUACGGAAUUGAGAGUUGAUAGGGUGCCUAUACCUUCGAACCUUACAAUUAUCCUCCAGCCGUCUUACCCCGUGAGAAGUAGCGGUUUUUGUGCCACAUCGAGUGUCGAGUAUGACGACAUCUACCCAGAAAUGGAGAGGAUUGCGUGUCUUCAUCCGAAUAUCCAUUUAAUAUGGCCUUCAAAGGUGGACCAUGAUGCGGGGAAGCCUCUGUGGGCGGUUGAGAGGGCAGUCGAGGUGUUUGAAACAGGAAGGGAGUGA